AUGGCAUACAUGAAAUUCACAAUCAAGAUUAUUGUAUUUUGGUUAAAUCAACGAAAAUUCAACAAAACUUUGGAAAUGAUGACGGAAGACUGGGAUAAUUGCGCCGACAACGAAAUCUACAUGCAUGAAAUGAUAAGCAAAGCGAAAUGGUCAAAUCGCAUUAAUAACGUAAUAGUAAUUCUUCAUAUAGCCAGUGCUGUUACAUACAGCUUACGUACAAUCUUGGCUGAUGUUGAUGUCACCGAUAGCACGUCUAAGCUGCCGUACGUUCACAAAAUAGAAUUUCCCUUUGACGUGAACACAAAAAGAACUUACAAAAUUAUCUUAUUAACGGAAACUGUGAUUUGCACCAUGAACAGCAUGGGUACUGGUGCUAUAAAUGCUUUACUUUUAAUAUUGAGUAAAGCAAUUGGAAAUGCAGCAUAUAAUUCCGCAUGGUAUAACUUGAAACCUGAGGAUAGUCGUAUCUUAUCAUUUAUAAUAUUAAGGUCGCAAAAACAACUAACACUCACUGUAGGAAAAAUAGCCGAUCUCUCCUUAGAAUAUUUUACAAGUAUCAUGAAUGCCUCGGGAUCAUAUUUAUCAGUGAUGUUGGCGAUGCAAUAA